AUGACUGAGAGUGAUGUUCUCCGCAGCAAGGGAUUCUUCUACGGAUUUGAUUGGCUGGUGUGGGUUGUUAUUUUAUUGCAGUCGGGCGGCGGUAUAGUUGUGGCCUUGGUCGUAAAGUACGCGGAUAACAUUCUCAAGGGCUUUGCUUGCUCCGCGUCAAUCGUCAUCUCCUGCUUCAUUUCUGUUUUCUUCAUGGGAAUGCAACUGUCAGCCGCGUUUGUCUUCGGGGUUGCCUGCGUUGUUAUCUCUGUCCUGAUGUAUUCUUCCUUUCCCCCUCGCCGCUAA